AUGUCGCAUAUUCUGAGGAAGAUACGCUCAUUCAGGAAGAUCAAGAAGCGGUAUACCAAGCUACAAAACCAAGCUAUGGUAAAUUCCAACAAGAACACCCAAACCACACCUGGAGAUACAAUGGCCCUGAGCGGUGAUACAAGCGAAGGGGUAGGAGAGGAUAGCAACCGGGAGACUUUAGAGGAGGAAAUCACUGUCGCUACUACUUCCGACACAAAUGACAAGCAAAACAAUGAAAUUGGUGGUGGAGACAAGCAAGCAAACACGACAAAUAAGGCAGAAGCGGAUGGCAGCGCAGAGGAGGAGGCUGAGGCUGAUAUGGAUUGGGAGUCUACAUAUGAUGGAAGCGAUUCUAUAAAGGAGAGAGAGGAUAACGACGAUAAAGCUCUAGGAGAAGUGGAGCUUUCCGAGCUACUGCAACUCGAGAAGGAGCAACCAGACGAGUUCCUUCCCAGUUUGGAAGUCCCAACCCGCCCGAAGAGUCCCAAGCCAGCUUCAAACAACGCCCAGGAGAAUGUUCCAACUUCUACGGGUACAAUGCCUUUCGAUUCCAAGCGCUUUGAGUGGGAAGGCGAGGAGGAUGAGGAAUACUCAAUCGCAGAUUUCAUCCGAACCGAUGCAUUCAUCUCGGAUGCGGAAUGGUGGCUCCAAGAGCUCCUGCCUUACAAGCAAUACCGAGCCAAGUCACCAAGCUGCCUGCGAACUUGCUGUACGGUCAUUGUUCGGGAAGGCGAUGGUACAAUGAAGUAG